AUGUACGCCAAUCUUGUCUGUUCGCCGCCUCUGGGUCAGACCACCGUCGUUCCCGCCGACCAGACCUCCGUUUGCUUCAAUGCCCUUAUCGAAACAGACCCUUCCUCGCAAAAGACCUGGGAAGUCGCCUUGUGGCACAACCAUGCCGGUCACGACGAAUGGGAGAAGCUGAUCCUAACUGAAGAAGACCCUGCCCCGUCUUUGCUAGUUGUCAACCGUGAUGACUCGACGCCUUGUCGCCGGAGAUGGUUCACGGGAGAGCUACCCGGAAGGCCGAAUCGCCCCGUCUCCUUCACCAUCACCUUCCGCGCCGGCCAAGAUGAGCCUUGGAAAUGGGCCAAUGAGCAGUUCUCCUAUUCUGAUGGCCACCUUCACUACCAACCAGCCGAAUUGAGCAAAGCGCCCCUCUCCGACUACCUCAGCAACAUCAGCCCGGACCUCCGCAUCGACCACGAAGCGAGUCAGACUUCUGACACGCUUUUGUGGACCGCGACUGGAAAGGUCAACUCUGCCUUUGGAAGCGAGUCUGGAAGGUCCAAUUUCACCCUUGGUCUACCUACACACCAAAGCAAAUGGUUCGCUCUUGUCCGCCUCUGGAGCCCCUGGCUGGCCCCCCGCCAGGGCCGCGAAGUCUUCAAUCCAGACAAGGAAGCCGUUCUAGCGUCUUUUCUCAGGAAGGAUGGAUCCCACCUAGUCGUCCUUGCGGUAAGCGGGAUAAAUGAUGUCUUGACUGAGCUCAUCCAUGACGGCAACGGCAAUAUUGUGAUCCAUGCCCGCAAUGAUGGAACUGACGAGCAAGAAUCCACCGUCAUCAUUGCAGUCGGGAAGUCAUUCGAGCUUGCCAAUGCUGCCGCCAUGUACCACGCUCGAAGACUUGUCAUGAAAUGGGACGCUGCCGCCGACGAGAUCGAGGCCGAGAUCAAAGCUAUGGAAAAGAAUGAAAUGCACGCUCAGUGGUUGGAGGAGUGGUACGAUGGUCUAACGUAUUGCACGUGGAACGGUCUGGGACAGCAUCUCACAGAGCAGGCAAUAUUUGACGCGCUGGAAUCUCUCCAGAAGAACGACAUCAACAUCACCACCCUCAUCAUUGACGACAAUUGGCAGUCGCUGGAUCACGAAGGCCAAGAUCAGUUCAAGCGUGGUUGGUUGGAAUUUGAAGCGAACAAAGAAGGCUUUCCAAAUGGUCUCGCCCACACCACUGCUGAGAUCCGCCAACGUUUCAAGAACGUGUCGCACAUCGCCGUUUGGCAUGCAAUCCUCGGUUACUGGGGAGGAAUUUCGCCCGACGGGAAGAUCGCUCAAGAAUACAAGACUGCUGAAGUUCUCAAACAAGAUGGCGUCUCGGGGGGCAAGUUCUUAGUCGUUGAUGAGGAAGACGUAUCUAGGCUAUAUCAGGACUUCUACUCAUUCCUGUCCUCCUCCGGCAUCGACUCGGUCAAGACGGAUGCUCAAUUCUUCCUUGAUGAACUUGACGAGGCCGAUGUCAGGAAGCGCCUCAUCAAAACCUACCAAGAUGCCUGGAGCAUCAGUAUCCUCCGAUACUUCUCCUCAAAGGCCAUCUCUUGCAUGUCUCAAACCCCCCAAAUCCUCUUCCAUUCGCAGCUCCCGUCCAACAAACCGCGCCUGAUGGUGCGCAACUCGGACGACUUCUUCCCAGAAGUGCCAGCCUCGCACCCCUGGCACAUCUUCUGCAACGCCCACAACUCCCUCCUAACCCAGCACCUCAACGUCCUCCCGGACUGGGACAUGUUCCAGACCUCGCACCCAUGGGCCUCCUUCCACGCCGCCGCGCGCUGCGUCUCCGGCGGGCCCAUCUACAUCACCGACGUGCCGGGCCAGCACGACAUCUCACUGAUCAACCAAAUGACGGCCAAAACCCCGCGCGGCUCGACCGUCAUCCUCCGCCCCCAUAACCUCGGCAAGACCAUCGACGCCUACACCGCCUACGACGACCCGGCCCUGCUGAAAGUCGCCACGUACGUCGGCCGCGCGCAGACGGGCGCCGCUAUCGUCGGCGUCUUCAACACCACCCAGCGCCGCCUCGCCGAGCUGCUCUGUCUCGACAGGCACUUCCCUGGCACGGAGCAGGGCGAGUACGUCGUCCGCGCGCACACAACCGGCCAGACGUCAAAGGUGCCGGUCAGCCGCGGUGAUGGGAACACCGUGCACCUCGACCUCCCCGUCCAGGCUUGGGAGAUCUUGUCGGCUACCCCCGUGCACACGCUGUCGACGAAGCACCACGAAGACGUCCAGGUCAGCGUGCUCGGCCUCGUCGGAAAAAUGACGGCCGCGGCGGCGAUCGUCAAUUACGACGCUUACGUCGAGCGCGAGGGCGCGCACAGGCUGCGCGUGUGGACGAGCUUGAAGGCGCUCGGCACGUUUGGGCUGUGGGUGCGGGAUUUGGCCAAGUAUGAUGUCGAUCAGGACUUUAUGGCGCUGGUGUUUGGGGAGCCGGUGGCGCGGCAUUGUGUGCAGGUUAAAGGGGAUGUGUUGGAGAUUGAUGUGGCGAGGGCGUGGGAGGAGGGCGGGCAGAAGGCGGGGUGGAGUAAUGAGGUUGCUGUUGAGGUGUUUGUGCGUUGA